UGAGCGACCUCUCUUUUUUUCUCCUUCCCCUUUUCGGCUUCAUUUAUUUUUUCACUUUUACCUUGCUCUUCAUUUCAUUUUUGUGGUCAAGCACUAAUUUUUUUCCACGCACUCUACAAUUAAAACCAUUUUUUGCCUUUAUUAUUAUUUUAUUGUUAUUGUUUUCUUAAAAAUUGACCAGUCUCAUUUCAUACUGACGCGGAUAUGCACGCACAACAAACAAACACGGAGCAGUCUGUUGUAAACAGACGCUCUGUUGAUAUGCGGGGCGGCGCUCGGCAGUUCUAUGCAGACGAGGCCAAUUCGACGGCGUUCCAAGCAGGUCCAAAUGGCGGCUUUGGCCAAAUUAGCGACGAUUACAAUUCGGCCAUUGCUACACGUGCAGCCAUGCUUUCGCCACGCUUGCAGCAGAGACUGCCGCAUCAUGAUGCGGUGGAAGGCCAACGCAAGAGUAUGUCGAUGGUCUCUGGCAUGCGCGGCUCACCCGACAGGCAGCCCGCGGCUAGCGGAUUUCUUGCUCGUAGCGCAACAAUGUAUGGUGGCGCCAGCAACACUCAUCAGGAAACAAACACAAUGGAGUCGUGGGGGGCAAUGCCUGGCGGCGAGCAGCGUGCAGGCCCGUACAUGUCACCCCCAAGCCACAGAGACGGAGGGAGGCCAUUUAUGAUUGACAACGCGAUUCAGAGUAUCUAUUCGACGCCUCCUACUGCGAACCGGCACUCGAUGUCUACUGUCAUGAUGCCCGAAGCCAUGCGCAUUGCUACUGCUCAGUAUCCACCGCCACCCAUGUCAGAGAGCGGCCGCUCGGGGUUUACACCGCGUGCCAACCGCGCGCAUCCCGGUGAUGGGCCCCAGCUUCUGCGGCGCAGCUCGUAUGCUGACUUUGGCACCAACGACCGCCCCGCCACGUCCGGCUUUGGCCUUGAGCCGCAGUUUGGCCGCGAGUCUGUGGUGGCUGAUUUGCGUCAGAUGAAUCGCAACUCUGGACACUAUGGCAACGGGCCAGUCACGCGCGGCCCUAGUGAUGUCAGCACGCUCGUCCCAGAGGCGCCUGGUAUAUCACUGAUCGGCGCUAGUCGCAGCCAGCACGGGCGGGGCAACAGCGUGUCGUCGCCGGCGUCGCGUGCGCGGGCAAUCGAAGAGACGCGCAACGCGCUCAGCGGUGGCACGCACGCAGGCAACGGCUUGGCAGUUAAUGUGCACCUGCCAUCCGAGCACCCUAACCGCCGGUCGAUGGCCUCGUUCAGCGCCGGACUGGCUCCCGAGUACCCUGGGCGUGACACGCUCAGCGAGUCGUUUGCGUGGGGCACACCAGAUGAUGGCCGCACGCGCGCCGGGUCAUUUGCGCUAUCGGCCAGCGGGCGGCAGUCGUACCACGAGCCCCUUCAGCGCGCCAACACCCAGACAUCUGAUGGAUUGCACCGUGGACAACGCGCGUCCUAUGCAGGUUCGGCACAGGCCACUUCGGCCGUGGGCAGCAGUGGGCAGAAUGGGCCCCUGCGUGCCGGGACCAGCCAGAUCGGAGGGGCGGCGCGCAAGGCGAAGCGCCAAUCACAGCAGCCAAAGGUGGCCAAAUCAGCCAUCCGCAGUAAUUGGUACCAUGAGACAGAGAAGAUUAGCGAUAGCGACCUUAAGGACCAAGAUUUCUUUUCCAGCGACGAGGAAGACUUUGGCAAGGACGGUGUUGGAUACGGCGGCGACAUGGUCUCCCAGCAAAAGCUCAUUCAGAAGCAGCAGCGCGAGAUAUUUGAUCUCAGCAUGAGCUGCAAGAUGCUCAAGAGAGCCAUGAACUCCAAGACUCAUAAGCCAUAUGAGUCCCUGGCCGACCAACUGGGCAAAACCUGUGCGUCCAACCGCGCUGCGAAUCGCACAAUUGAGGCGCUGCGUGCCAACGUGCAGGAGCUAAAAGAGAAGAUUGGGGUGUUGGAGGCCAAUGCUGCCAUCCCGCCGCCGUGCCUGCUUCAGCAUGGCAUGUCAGAUAUGGAUCGGGAGGAAGUCGGGAAGCUGCAAAAUCUGGUCGAGGAUCUGAAGAUAGAAAUCCAGGGCGAGACCGCAGUCAUUCACCAUCGCGGCCAAAUGAUUGAGAAGAAAGAUAUCGAGAUUAGGGAGCUGCAGGAUGAGCUUGCUCGUGAGCGCGCUACCUCCGACCACUGGCACCGCCUAGCCAUGAACGUGGGCGUCAAUGCGAACACUGAUGCCAAGGCCGACGCAAACAUCACCUUGACCCAAAUCACAUCUGCCCAGCAGCAGCAACAGCAAAAUCGCCAGCAGCGCCAGAAUAAUUACCCUGCGUCAGAAUUGCUUUCAUAUCGGAUGCGUGCGGGCACGGCGACCACAGCGAGCGAGACGGUCACUCUGAAGGCGCCGUCUGAAGUCUCUGGGGGCGGCUCUGCUAUUGCUGAUACGCGGCAAUCUACUCCGCAGAGCGUGCGUGCGCAGUUUAACGACGCAGUGUACAAGUCCCAAUGCGUGGAGGCGUUUGAGAACAUGGAGCGCAUGGUCAAGGACUUUGAGAAAACUGCUAAGCAAUCCGAGGCGAAGUGCAUUGCGCUCACCAAAGAGCUUGAGCAGUCCAAGGAUGAGUGCGGCCAGCUCAAGGACGAGCUCAAGCUAGCGAACAAGUCGCUGCGCGACAACAUGGAGCAGCUCCGCCUUUUGCGGCUCGAGCUGAAAAUUUCUGUAAAAACAGCCAGUAUUGCAAAUAGCGAAGGGGAUGCGUUUGAGAGGGUGAUCAGAGAGAGUGAGGCGCUUAAGGACCAGUGCGAGUCACUCGCGGACGAAUUGAACCAUAUCAGGGGUGAGAAUGCUGAGCUCGUGGAGCGACUGGAGAAAUGCAAGCAGUACGAGAGCGAGGAAAACCGUGAGGGCACCCUGUGGCAGAACUCGCAAAUCGAGAAUCUCAAGAAUGAGCUUCGCAUAUCACAAGAGUCCGAUAGGAUGACCCAGGAUAAGCUGGAGGAGGCCAUGAGCCAAUUGGCGCUGCUUCGCGGCCAGUUCGGCUACUUCUUCAACGAUAUUCUGCGCCCUUACCUGCGCGAGACCCAGGUUGGCCAGGGGAGUAUAGAAGAGCUCCGCAGGUGUGUGAUUGAGUGGAGCCAGGCCAGGGUGCCGUCUGCUCUAGAUGGCAUGACCACGCCGACAAACCAGAGGGGCCGUGGAAUUAUGCCGUCGUACCAACCCCCAAUACUUCGCUACCGCGGCAGAUCCAACCACAGCUUGUCGCCGUCGCCGGUGCCGUCGGCCCUGCCAACUUUUGACGAUGACGAUGACGACGACGACUCGUUCGCGACGGACCAGUCGGAUGAUUAUAUGCCCAAGUUUAGCAACCGCUAGCCAUGGCAAUUGUGUUUAUACCAAAUUUUUAUUUAUAUUAUUAAAA